CCCAUCGUGAGGACAGGCGUCGCCCCCCCGCUUGCCCCGCCACCGCCACGAGCUCCACUGUCUCGACUCUCGCCCUCCAUUGUCGUCGCCCCCCCUUCUCUACAAGUAGCUUAAUCCCCUAGAUGGAUUGGUUGCAAUACAUGGCGUUGCCAUUUGCCAGUGGGUGUGGGUUGGUGCCAUUCUUUGCUUUCUUCAGGUGGUUUUGGCUCUCAUCUCUUCCAAGUCACGUAGCAUCCAUCCCUCCAUCUCUCUCUCGCACGCGCGCGCCAAGCUUCGUCAAACCCAUUUAAAAACAGGGGAAGUGUGGGUUCACGCUGGCGCAGUGGUAUGAGUUCCGACAACAGGCUAUCAUAUGCAAGUACAUAGUCUCUGGCCUCGUUGUGCCCUUUUACCUUGUUCUCCCCAUCUGGAUGAGUGUUGCCAGGUGCUUUGGCUCUGCUAAUGGUGGAAUGUAUAAUCACUUCUCAAGUCUUAUAGGAUUCAAUAUUCAGGCCUUUCAUUGUAAGGGUGAGAUGGAUCCAGAAUCAGGGAGAUGUAGAAGAACUGAUGGGAAGAAGUGGAGAUGCAACAAGGAUGUUGUUCUCAAUCAGAAAUACUGUGAGAGGCACAUGCAUAGAGGGUGCCAACGUUCAAGAAAGCAUGUGACAGCUUCUGCCAUUCCUUCACAACCUGGUACAUCCAUUGAUGCCAGCAAAACCACAAAAACAUCCAAUUCCAGUGACAUUACUAGUACAAAGAGCAACCUUUCAAUUUCAAAUCCUGUAGAUUUUGAAUUUUCUAUCCCUUCAAAUAUUGGCACCAACAGUUCUGCUACCGCAUCUCCCAUCACCAACUUUGUUAGUGAUAUCAAGAAAGCAUGUGUGAUAGUAUUAUUUGAAAAUUGAGGGUGAAUUAUCCUGUAGCAGUAAGGUUGCUCCACAGCAACCUAGGUAUUACUGUCUUUGCAUAUGUAUUUGUAUAAAAUCUAUGGAUUUCUAGAUGAUGUAUUAUUGUAUUUUUUUAAUUUCUUGAUGUUUCAUCUAUUAUUGAGAGAUUGCAAUUAUUGAACUUGCUUUGUUUUUCUUCAUUUGUUGCUUGUUUCCCUUGAUUAUAUUAUUUCUAAGAUGGAAAUUUACUGAAAUUACUGGGACUGCUUGUUCAGGCAACUGGAUUUGUGCCGAGUGUGCGCAUUUUUUUCAUCCAAAUGAACUUUUUCUCCCA